AUGAGAGCUGUGGGCGCCCCCGUUGGUGCCGUGCUGACGGGGUUCAACGGGCGCCUGCUUGGGUCGGUGCUGCUGCUGCACGCGGGCCGCUGCGUGCUGCACGUCACUCCACGUGCCUGCCUUACUGCCUACCCUGCUGUCAAGUGUGUCUGGAACACGGUGCUAUCCCAGUGCGAGCUCUACAACCCUAGCAAGGACCCCUCCUCCUACAUCCUCUGCCCCCACCACAACGGCACCGCCAGGAGCGGCGACACGCGCCCUCCUGCCUCGACGGCGUCUGCCGCGGCACUACCCGCGUGGGCGCGCCACCACGCCCUCCCCAGGCACGCGGAUGCCCACUGCCGCGCCCUGCCCAACUGCGUGACCUGCCUGCACUCCAGCGUCGCCUGCGUCUGGUGCGGCGGUGCGGGGUGCAGGGACGCCUGCGACAGCCCUGUCGCCAAGCCUGUGACGUCGCCAGGGCAGUGUCCGGAGGGGGCGGACCUCCCCGCCCGGUGUCGGGUGCUGAUAUCGUGCCAGCUAUGCCACCAGCACCACGGCACCACCACGCCCUCGUGUGUGUGGUUGCAGAACAACCAAUGUGUGUACAACAACACAACCAUGUCAGCUGACGACCCAGCUGACGGCCGGCAUCAGGACCCAUCUUUCUCAGACGGUACCAACCAAGAUGGCUACACACCCUUAAUGGACAGAAAAAAUCUAGACGGUCUGCCUUCAGAUGGCAGGAACCAAGAUGGUUCUUCCCCAGAGGGGAGUGAACCUGCCUCGCCUGUUCCCACGUCUGUCGAGGUGCCGUCGUCGACAGAGUCUGGCAACGCUGUCACCCCCGGCAAGUUUAGGCCGUGUCAUCUGGCACCGUGCCACCUGAGUACCACCUGCGAGAACUGCACCAGGGGCCAGUGCAUGUGGUGCCACAACGCCCAGCGCUGCGUCGACAACAACUCGUACCUCGUGACCUUUGCUUACGGGGCGUGCAGGUCCUGGAGCACCACACCCGACCACUGCACCAACCACACCAGGGGUGGUGACGCGUGCACGGUGCACCGGUCGUGCAGCAGCUGCCAGGCAGGUGUAGAGUGUGGCUGGUGUGAUGAUGGUAGCGGCACCGGUACCGGCACAUGCAUGACGGGGGGCGUUACUGCCCCCCGUCACCACCUCACCGGCCACCUGCUCCCUGCUGCCUGUGCCCCCCACAGCUGGUACUUCACCUCCUGUCCCUCCUGCAACUGCAACGGCCACAGUUACUGCAAGAAAACUGCAGUGACACCGCAGCUCCAUGCCUCUGAUGUGGGCAACCACGAACUGUCCAACCCUGGUCUGGUGCUUGAACAACCACCACAGCAACCACAGCAGCCACAGCGUGCACCACAGCAACAAGAAUGUGUGAUGCCCUGUGCUAACAACACUGAAGGCCGUCACUGCGAGCACUGCAAACAAAGCUACUAUGGCUCUGCAGUGAACGGCGGUCACUGCACGCCGUGCUUCUGCAAUGAACACGGCACGCUGUGUGACAGGUCGUCAGGGAGGUGUUACUGCAGCACCAAGGGCGUGACAGGCGAGCGCUGUGACAGAUGUGACGAACAGAACAACUACUUCGGCGACCCUAAGAACGGAUCCUGCUUCUACGACCUCCAGAUCGACUACCAGUUCACGUUCAACUUAUCCAAGGCGGAGGACCGACACGUGCGCCAGAUCAACUUCUUCAACGUGCCAACUAAACCUAAUGUUGAUACAGACUUCGACAUCAGCUCCUCGAAGCCUGCGCGCAUCAAAAUAUCUGCCAAAGAAAGUGGAGGGCACGAGGUGUGGGUGGUACGCAACUUCACGGGUACGCGCAUCCAGCGUCGCUUCAGCCAUACGGAGUUUGCGUUCCACAACAACACGACGUUCCACGUGUACGUCUACAACUUCACGCCGCCCGUCGAGAUCGUCGUGUCCUUCUCCCAGUACCUCAAACUCAACCUGCUCGGGUUCUUCUAUAUUUUUCUACUGUGCUUCCUGUGCCUGCUGGUGGUGGCCGCGGUGCUCUGGAAGAUCAAACAGAAAUAUGACAUCUACACCCGCCGCCGGCGGCUGAUGGUGGAGAUGGAGGCGAUGGCGGCCCGGCCCUUCAAGCCCAUAUUCCUGGAGCUGCAUCCCCCGCUGGGGGGAGAGGGGGAGCAUGCCUCCCCCAUCCUGCAGCACUCCAACGGCGGCGCCCCCAACUCCACCUGCUCCGUCAACAAGGAGGUUGGUCCCGCGGCUUGGUGGUCGCCGUCAGCAGCGGCGGCGGCGGUGGCGUCGCCCAUCGCCCUCGAGGUGUGCGGGGACCACAAGGCCGCUGUGCUGUCCCUCCUCGUGCAGCUCCCCACGGGGGGCACCCCGUACCUCCCCCGCCACCACCCCGGUGGCCUGGCCAUCGCAUCCACCCUCGUGAGUCUCGGCAGCCAACGCUCCACCAUAGGGACGGUGGGGGGUGGCGGAGGUGGUGGCGGUGGCGGUGGUGGUGGCGAUGAACUUACUCCCUCCUCACAUUCUCCUUCUUCCCCUUCCAGCCCUUCUUCCUCUUCCAGCCCGUCACCCCCUUACACCCCUUCCUCACCCUGCCCCCAGACUCCUGAUGCCCAGGAUGUCCACCCUCACGUCCCCCACACAGACUUUAACACCGAAGAGAACGACGUACGAGUCUCUGAACCUCAAAAGGUGAGGAAGCGAACCACAUCUCAUUCACCCCCAGUGGGGAAUAACAGGCUCCCCUCCACGUCCCCACCUCAGGAGAGCACCAGGCUCACCACGUCCCUGUCCCAGGGGGGCGCUAGGCCCCCCACGUCCCUGACGACGAGCGUGAACCUUGCCACGAGCCGCGUGACGACUCACCCUUCCUCCGUCAGUAGCUCGCCGCUCGCCACCUGCAUAUAA